CUGUGUACUAGUUUGAGUUUGAAAAAUAAGCAAUGACGUAAAAUAACUUUAUAACAUUUUGUAAUACGUAGGUACCUACAUAAAAUCUCUAACUCUUGAUGUGCGAAUUAAUUAACUAUUAAAUACAAUGAGCGACCACUCAACAAUAACCUCAAAAUUCAAAACUUUGAAAUAUAAAGUUUCGGCUGCAUCGCUAAAAGCAGUGAAAACUAUGGGGUAUAAAUAUAUGACUGAUGUGCAGGCAGCAGUGCUGCCAAAAGCAUUAGACGGAGUUGAUUUAGUAGCAACUGCUAAAACUGGAUCUGGAAAGACAUUAGCUUUCUUAAUUCCUUUGUUAGAAAUUGUGGUAAAACAUUUAAAUAAUCACAUACAAGCAACAAUUGGUAUAAUUAUAUCGCCUACAAGAGAGUUAGCAACCCAAACUUACACUGUCUUGCAAGAAUUCAUCUUUCAACAUGAAAAUAUAAAAACAGCUUUAGUGAUUGGUGGAGAAAGUAAGAAAAAGCAAAGUAUGGAAUUAUUACAAGGAGUCAAUGUUGUGGUGGCGACUCCAGGAAGACUUUUUGAUCAUAUGAGAACUAAACAUUUUGAUUACAAAAAUGUUAAAUGUUUAGUAUUAGAUGAAGCUGAUAAAAUAUUUCAAUAUGGAUUUGAAGAAGAUCUAAAGCAAAUAAUUAAUCGCUUACCAAAGGAAAGGCAAACUUUGUUAUUCAGUGCUACUGUUUCUGACAGAACUGAUGCUCUGAUUAGAUCUGCAAUGAAAAAUGAUGUGGUUUCAAUAAACACAAGUGAAGAUAAUAUGAAAGCAACAGUUGAAGGCCUGAAACAGGGAUAUGUAACUUGUGAAACAGAGUACAGGCUGUGGUGGCUGCAUAAAAUGUUAAUGAAAACACAAAAACAGAAAGUCAUGGUAUUUUUUUCAAGCUGCAAAUCUGUUGAGUUUCAUCAUGAUUUCUUCUCAAAUCACUGUAAUAUGUCAGUUUUAUGUAUCCAUGGAAAAAUGAACCAAGCUGACAGAACAGCAACCAUUGGGAAUUUUUAUAAUGCUGAUGCUAUGGCAUUGCUUUGCACAGACUUGGCAGCAAGAGGUCUUGACAUACCGGCUGUAGACUGGAUUGUACAAUUCGAUCCUCCAUCAGACACAAAUGAAUACAUACACAGAGUGGGUAGAACAGCAAGAGGACUAGGCACAACGGGCAAUGCUGUACUAUUAUUGAGACCUGAAGAGGAGGAUUUUGUGAACUACCUUAAAGAUGCAAAAAUUUAUUUAGACAAAUAUGAAAGUUGGAAUGCAUAUUAUAAUUUACAAACAAAGUUAGAUGCAGCUAUGGAAAAUAUAGAAUUCCGUACAUUAGCGAUCGACGCUUAUGAAGGAUACAUCAGAGCUCUUGAAGUUAGAAAAUUAAAAGAUAUAUUCAACCUCCUAACAAUAGACUUGAAUAAAGUGGCCAAAUCAUUUGGUUUGAAAGAAACACCAGAGAUUGAUAUUCGAAUAGGAUUUAGUAAAAAACAUAGACCACGGAAGAAAAUGGCUGCUAUGCUUGCAGCAAAAUCUGAUAUUCCAACAAAACGCAUGAAAAGUUAAUAUGUAGUAACUAAAUUAUAUGUUAAUAAA